UAUUAAGACGACCGGACGUGAUCGGUAAACCGGAUGUUGAAAGUGUGUCGACAUCAUUCUCGUGUGUUCUUUGGUGCCUCCACAUUUUCUCUUGGUUUGAAAGUACCUAGUCUGAGUAAAUAAUGUCUGACAACGAAGACAACUUCGAUGAUGGAGAUUUCGACGAUGGGGAAGAAGAUGAAGGGUUAGAUGACUUGGAGAAUGCGGAGGAUGAAGACCAGGAGAAUGUGCAGAUAUUACCAGCUGGGGAAGGAACACAAGCUAAUCAGAAAAGAAUUACCACAUCUUACAUGACCAAAUAUGAGCGAGCACGAGUCUUAGGAACUCGAGCCCUACAAAUUGCUAUGUGUGCCCCAGUGAUGGUGGAGCUGGAAGGGGAAACAGACCCACUUCAGAUUGCCAUGAAGGAGCUGAAGAGCAGAAAAAUUCCAAUUAUUAUCAGGAGGUACCUGCCUGAUGGCAGUUAUGAGGACUGGGGCUGUGAUGAACUUAUCAUAACUGACUGAGCUGAGCUGACCUAAGCCGGACCAAGCACACCUGCACCCUGAAGAAUCAGACAGAUCCUCCAUCACGGAAACUGCAGCUGUUGUGAAGGAAGCAAGUUUGAAAAAUACACACAUUGAUUCACACUUCAACCAUGAACAGAGGUCCCAGGUAUCGCUCAAAGUGAACACAAAUGGUCUUGUUUUUGAUUGGCUUCUCAAUCAGUCUGUGGUGAGUCCAACCCCCCCCAGCUCUCCAUCUGGAACUUUCUGGUGCAUGUCCACCUCUCCUCCACUAGGUGGACUUCUGAAUCAGGAGAAAAGCACGUGCAUGAACACAGCCGUGUGGAAUAGUUUUGAGUUUCUCUUUGUUUUAUGUAGUUAUUAAAAUGUUUUGUAAAAAAUUA